CGUGAAGCGAAUUGACUGUUGCAGGCUCGGUAUGUGGCGCAUGAGUAUGCGUUUCGGGAUGUAAGGGCUGCCCCUCGGAGUAGCGAUACUGAAUUAAAAAUACAUAUACACCCGGGGGACUCAGGAGCCAGAAUACCGACGGAGAGCGGGCACAAACUAAGGGAGUUUACGACCGCACGGAGUGGAGGGAGACACGGGAGCGUGGCAGGAGGGACGCUCGAGCAAAUCCUACCGACACCGCGCGCAGAAAUGGCGGAGCACCACGCAGCCAGCGACGGCAAGCACAAAGCGUCCACCAAUGCCGGGGGCUCGGUGCACGGGAACAGCCGACCCGGCGCCGCGGGUGGAGGAGGGGGCAAAGGAGGCCUGUCUGGUGGACUGACACAGCCGGCAGGGUGGCAGUCUUUACUCUCCUUUAGCAUUCUCUUCCUGGCCUGCCUGGCCGGAUUCAGCUCCAGACUUUUCGCCGUGAUCCGGUUCGAGAGCAUCAUCCACGAGUUUGAUCCAUGGUUCAAUUACAGAUCAACGCACCAUCUCACCACGAAUGGCUUCUACGAAUUCCUCAACUGGUUUGAUGAAAGGGCCUGGUACCCCUUGGGCAGGAUUGUUGGUGGCACAGUAUACCCGGGGUUAAUGGUGACAGCCGGCCUCAUCCACUACGUGCUCAACCUGCUCCACAUCACUGUCCACAUCCGUGACGUGUGCGUCUUCCUGGCACCGGUGUUCAGUGGUCUGACGGCCAUCUCCACCUUCCUGCUGACGCGGGAGCUGUGGAACCAGGGCGCAGGGCUGCUGGCGGCCUGCUUCAUCGCCAUCGUCCCUGGCUAUAUCUCUCGCUCCGUCGCAGGCUCUUUUGACAAUGAAGGCAUUGCCAUCUUCGCCUUGCAAUUCACCUACUACCUCUGGGUGAAAUCAGUGAAGACGGGCUCAGUAUUUUGGACCAUUGGUUGUUGUCUCUCCUAUUUCUACAUGGUGUCAGCAUGGGGAGGUUAUGUGUUUAUUAUCAACCUGAUUCCUCUGCAUGUUUUUGUGCUGAUGCUGAUGCAGCGCUACAGCAGAAGAGUCUACAUCGCUUAUAGCACUUUCUACAUUGUGGGUCUGGUACUGUCGAUGCAGAUCCCUUUUGUUGGCUUCCAGCCGAUCAGGACCAGCGAGCACAUGGCUGCUGCCGGUGUGUUUGCACUUCUCCAAGCCUAUGCCUUCCUGCAGUACCUGAAGGACAGGCUGACCAGACAGGAGUUCCAGACACUUUUCUUCCUUGGAGUCUCUCUCGCUGCUGGCGUGGUCUUCCUCACUGUGAUCUAUCUCACAUACACAGGAUACAUUGCUCCAUGGAGUGGUCGUUUCUACUCUCUCUGGGACACUGGCUACGCUAAGAUCCACAUCCCCAUCAUAGCGUCAGUGUCGGAGCACCAGCCGACGACGUGGGUCUCCUUCUUCUUCGACCUCCACAUCCUGGUGUGCACGUUCCCAGCAGGCCUCUGGUUCUGUAUCAAGAACAUCAAUGAUGAACGAGUGUUUGUGGCCCUGUAUGCCAUCAGCGCUGUCUAUUUCGCCGGCGUGAUGGUGCGUCUGAUGCUGACACUGACUCCGGUGGUGUGCAUGCUGUCUGCCGUGGCUUUCUCCAGCGUCUUUGAGCAUUACAUGGGAGAUGACACAAAGAGGGAGAAACCCCCUGCGGAAGACAGCAGCGACGAGGAUGACAAGAGGAAUUCUGGGAAUCUUUAUGACAAGGCCGGCAAGGUGCGCAAACAUGUGUCAGAGCAGGAGAAGGCAGAGGAAGGUCUGGGUCCGAACAUCAAGUCCAUCGUCACCAUGCUCAUGUUGAUGCUGCUGAUGAUGUUCGCUGUGCACUGCACCUGGGUCACCAGCAAUGCCUACUCCAGUCCCAGCGUGGUGCUCGCCUCGUACAACCAUGAUGGGACGCGUAACAUCCUGGAUGACUUCAGGGAGGCCUACUACUGGCUGAGGCAGAACACGGACGAGCAUGCACGUGUCAUGUCGUGGUGGGACUACGGGUACCAGAUAGCCGGCAUGGCCAACAGGACCACGCUAGUAGAUAAUAACACAUGGAACAACAGUCACAUAGCGCUGGUGGGCAAAGCCAUGUCGUCCAACGAGAGCGCGGCCUACAAAAUCAUGAGGUCGCUGGAUGUGGACUACGUGCUGAUCAUAUUCGGAGGUGUGAUCGGUUAUUCAGGAGACGAUAUAAACAAGUUCCUGUGGAUGGUGAGGAUAGCGGAGGGAGAGCACCCCAAGGACAUCAGGGAGAGCGACUACUUCACCCCUCAGGGAGAGUUCAGAGUGGACAAGGCCGGUUCACCAACUUUGCUCAACUGCCUCAUGUACAAGAUGUCCUAUUACCGAUUUGGUGAAAUGCAGCUGGACUUCCGGACGCCUCCUGGUUUUGACCGAACGCGCAAUGCCGAGAUCGGCAACAAGGACAUCAAGUUCAAGCACCUGGAGGAGGCGUUCACCUCGGAGCACUGGCUGGUCCGGAUCUACAAGGUCAAGAACCUGGACAACAGGGAGCCACUGGACCACAAGCUGCGCAGUGUAGUGCCCAAACAGAAGUACACCUCUAAAAAGACUGCCAAGAGGAAGCGAGGACACAUCAAGAACAAGCUUGCCCUGAGGAAAGGCAAGAAACUACAAAAAAAAUAAAUGGUGACGAUGAACUCUUCUAGGAAAACAAGCAAACAAACAACUGCGAAGAAACCUCUAACAACCAAUGAAGAAGAACACAGGGGCCGUUUAUCUGGCACUUGGUCUCAAGCGCGUCUCAUUAAGAGCGCCCCCGUGUGGUGAGGAAGUUGAAGAAGUCUCAUAUCUGGCUAGCUCCAGAACUGUUGUCCGUUUUAUCCUGAGGACCUUUGUCUUGCUUAUUUUCUCCUGUUUUUUUUUUUUUUUCUGUUUGUUUUUUUACUUGAAUGUGCGGCGAGGCAUAGGGCUGCUCUACUUGUUUCGGCGUCGAUUUAAUAUUUUUUGCGGUACGUUUAAUUAACUGCUUCUCAGUGCGGGGAUCGGGGGUGUGAGGAGGUGAAAGGGGGAGAAACGAGAGGAACAUUUUGCACCAAAGACCCAUCGACCUUGCUCCAUGGCACAUGUGAACUCAUUACUGAGAGUGAGGACGCGCAGGAGUGAACGCUUGAGGACUUGUUCCUGACACGUGUACAGAGGACAGUAUGCGGUAUGGAGGAACGUCACCGUCUCGGCACAGCCCAUCUGUAAUAUUAACCUUUUUAUCAUCAUCCUCUCCUUUAUGUCUGCCUGGCUCCCUGACCUUCUUUUUCAACAAAUUCUUUAGAGAAAAAAAAUUGGCCUAAUAUGUAAAUAUGAUAUGUAAAGAAUAAGUCUAAAAGGAUGAUAAUAUAUUGGAUUAUUGUGGUGAUUUUUAAAUAUGCAGUUGUCAGUUUUUCUUUUCAUUUCUUUAUGUGAUUGUUUUGUUAAUUUUCUUUUGUAUGACAGCAAAUAGAACAGUGAAUGCAAUAAUUCUUGUACAGAGGGGCUUGAGAUUUUGUUGGGAGAAUGAAUGUGAAUUUUUACAAUGGCCACCCCCCCCUCCAUACCCCCCCCCUUUUUUUUCAUAAAUUGCAUAGAUUGUACAUUUCUGCUGCUAGGGUUUUAAAGACGGAGAGCGGGCGACUGUGUAAAAAGUAGUGAUAAUAAAUUAGGCCUCCCUUCCUGCAGAGGGAGCUCUCUAGUUUAGCGUGCAAAGCCUAGUGCCUCAUCGCUGGUCACCAUCGCCUCGAUAAAUUUGUGACUGUCUACUCCGUUAGCGUUUUUCUUUCAGCUCAUCACGUAUCAACGCAACAGCGGGUUGGGUGCUUCGACUAGACUGAGGCAUUGGAAACUGGAAAUGUUCGAGAUGUCUGGAAAUAGACGGGUGAACUGUGAAGGGGGGAAGUUAGUAUACAGGCACUGAAACUGAGACAAGAAGAGACGACUGAGGUCAGGAAAGGUCAAAACCUCCAUCGCUGUCUGAGACUACGGUGGACUAACGAUCAUCUUUAUGGUUCUUUAUUAGAGCUGUGUCCUAAUUCCACACUGCAUAUCACACUGUAGAAUUAAAGGGACAGUUCACACCAAGAUCAAAACUACAUGUUUAUCCUCUUACCUGUGCUGCUGUUUAUCAGCGUAGAUUGUUUUGACGUGAGUUGCUGAGUGUUGGAGAUAUCAGCCGUACAGACAUCUGCCUUCUCUCCAAUAUAAUGGAACUAGAUGGCACUCAGCUUGUGGUGCUCAGAACGACAAAAAAUGAAUCUGAAAAACUAAACAGCAAUGUGUCAUUGAAGAAAUCAUGACCUAGUUACUCAAGAUAAUCCAUAGGCUUUGUUGUGACAAGUAUGUAGGAACUAUUUACUUUCUACUGAGCUACACCCGCCAACUGUGUCACCGCUCAGAAGGAAGAGGGUGCUCUGUUCCAAUACCAGUAUCACACAUGACUCCGAUCCUUCCUAAAAAGCUUGAUCAGGUAUCAGAGCAACUCUACUUCUUUUUUGCUGUUGUAAGGCUGAAUCCAAAUGUCCAGAGGGAACGCGCCCGCAAAGUCUGCAAGUGCGGUGAAGUCCGGACAUUUGGAUUCAGCCUUAAACAGUUGUCUGCAUAGCAAGUUUUGCUGAAGAUGAAGAUGCAUUAAGACAAGUUCCCCAAAGCAAAGAAGAACAGACAAACUGUAGUACACAGCUGUUUUUUGUUUUAUUUUUUACACAGUGGUAUCCACUAGCACGCAAGUUCAGGUAUUGGAAUUGGUAUCGGGAAGGAAAAAGUGGUAUCCGAGCAUCUCUACAAGGAAGCAUGCAUCUACGGCAAGCUCACCUAGCUCCACUGAGCCAGCACACGUUACAGCUAAUGUUUCCAUCUGGCACUGUCAGCAGCACUGGUCCAUGAGUAGAUGCACGCUUCCUUCUGCUCGGAUUAUCUUGAGUAACCACUUUAUGGUUUCUGGAAAGAGACAUUGCUGUUGAGUUUUUCACAUGUAUUUUUUGGGGCUUUGAGCUCCACAAGCUGAGUGCCAUCUAGUUCCAGUCAUUCAAGAGAAGGCAGACAUCUGUACAGCUGAUAUCUCCAACACUCGUCAACUCACACCAAAACAAUCUAGACUGAAAGUAUCACUACAGGUAAGAGGUAAAAUAUGUAUUUUGGGGUUUGUAACCACGUUUCUUAAAUAUGUUUGCAAGCAUGGGAGCUGCAACUGUUGUUUCAGUAUUUUAUCUGCUGAUUAUUUUCUGUUGGUUGUUUUGUCUGUAAGACAAUAAGAGCCCAAGGGGACUUCUUCAGAUGACCUUUUGUCUGACCAACCGUCCAAAACUCGAAAAUAUCAAAAUUACACUGCAGCAACUCCUCACACCGAAGAAGCUGGAGGAAGCAAAUAGAUAGCAUUCUCACUGUAGUAUUGACUGAUAAUUCAAAUUAAAAGUAUUAAUUUUAAUAUUAGAAUGAAAAAAACUCCUACAGACUGAAAUGGUUAUUAGAGCAUAGUGUAUUCCUUAUAAUAAAGUCCAAGCUGACAUGUUAGCUAACGGCUAAUGUUUAGUUUAUGUAGUUUAAUAUAGGAGAAGGAAACCAAAUAUUCACAUGUACAAGGUUUGUGAAUUUUUGGCUUCUCUGCUUUUAAAUAUUAAACAUUGGUUAAUUUUCUUUCAGCUGACUCAUUAAUUAAUGUGCUCAGUGUUUCAGCUUCCGUAUGUAGUGUGCACUUGGGACACAGCUGUGAUGAACCGUAACCUUUGACCUCUUACUCUAUGGGCACUGCACUGUUCUUCGUGAGUCUGGGUUCCCCAGAUGUUCUAAACACUAAAGGUGUUUCUGUACGUGCACGCUUCAGUAACUUUUUCAUUUCUUAUCACAUAAGUGACACAUCAAAGACUUAACACAUCGUACAGCUGCACUUGUUUUGUCACGUCUCACAGAAAAGUGACUUAUUAGUAUCACCAGUCCUUUUUGUUCCUUUUUUUUAAUUGUCUGGACCGCUUUCUUAUUCUUGUUUUGAUCUUCUCUGAAACUUGAGCGUCACCAUUUCAGGCUUCAGACCUUCGACACGAUGCCACAUUGUUAAUCCAGUCACACAAACGCCUAAAACUGAGUCACGUCCUUUUUCGAUUUCUCAUUCGUCAAGAGAGGAGAGAGUUCAGACCAAGCCUUAAUGUGAUGUACAGUUUGUUGCCCCCUUUUCUUUUUCAUUUUGUGUCAGAACGGUUCCUUCCUCUACUAAGUUUCCUCGUUUCUUAGUAGCUCAGUGCCGUCUGUCCUGGACACGGUUUUUGUUUGAUGAAUCCCUCCCUCACCUUCAAAGUUUACAUUUUUACAUUGUUGUUCUGUUCAGCCAUCUUUAAAUAUACACUUUAAUGAAAAA